UCUUUUUUUUUUCUCAUAAUUUAUAUAUAUAUAUAUAUAUAUUAUCAUUGCCCUCUUGAAUUCUCACAUGCUCUCCAAAUUAUGUUUGAUUAAAUAGUGCAUUAGAAAAAAAAAAUGCAUAAUUAAUUCCGUCAAAGUUUACACGUACUUUUGCAGCCUUGCAGAAAAACCAACCUCAUUUUGAAAAAAAAAAAAAAAAAAAAAAGUGAAGAUAUUUUUAUUCAUUAUUUUUUUCACUGAACACAAAAAGCCCAAACCCGUUGUGACCAAUAUAUAAAUUCCUUCCCUUCGCAUAAGACCCAACAAAGCCACCAACAUUCUCACACUUUGGCACAAAAAAAAAAAAAGAAAUAAAGAAAUUUUGAAAACCAACAAAAAAAAGAAAAAAAGAGGAAAAAAAAAAAAAAAACUCAAGAAAGAAAAAAAAAAAAAAAUGCAGGACAAACAAACCCUUGUGACUCCUCUCUUUCUUCUUCUUCUUCUGUUCUUUAUCUUGUUCUCAUCUCUCAAUGUUUCACUCGCCGGAGUAGAAGAAAAAUCCGGUGGCAAAUCCAUCGCCGGUAAAAACCCAUUUUCGCCUAAAGCCCAUUUGAUGCGUUACUGGAAUAAAGAGAUCCGAAACGAUUUCGAGAAGCCGGCAUUUUUGUUCUCCAAAGCUACACCACUCACUGCAGUCGACUCAGCGAGUUUUGCCAAACUCGCUACAGAGAACUCCUUGUCGACUCACCUAUCCGAGUUCUGUUCGUCUGCUAAUCUUCUCUGUCUCCCAGAUUUAGCUCCGAGUCUGGAAAAGCACGACAAGGAUGUGAGCUUCACUGCUUACGUGAACAAGAACUUCACCAAUUACGGAACGGAUCGACUCAAUGGGUUCGACUCGUUCAAGAACUACUCGAUCGGAGAAAACAUUCCGGUCGACUCGUUCCGGAGGUACAGCCGUGACUCAACCGAUCACGGUGACAAAUUCAACAACUACGCCUCCGAUGGGAACGUGAUCGACCAGAGCUUCAACACUUACGGUACCGAAGCAGUCAGCGGAACCGGCGAUUUCAAGAGGUACGCCGACUCGGUGAACGUUCCGCAUCUCCGGUUCAACUCGUACUCGGACGCUUCCAACGGCCGGGUCCAGUCGUUCACGGCCUACAGCGAGAACGCGAACGCCGGAGACCAAAGCUUCACCAGCUACUCCAAGAACGGCAAUGGAGCUCAGAACGGGUUCACGAACUACGGGAAGAGUGCCAAUGUGGUGGGGUCGGGUUUCACCGGGUAUGGCCAGGAGGCCAAUGCCGACACGACUAGGUUCAAGAACUACGGCAACGACCAGAACAAUCCGCAGAACCACUUCAAGAGCUACGGCGAUGGAGGCAAUGGAGGAAUUCAGAGCUUCACCAGCUACAGAGAGCAAGCCAAUGUAGGAGACGAUUCUUUCCAGUCUUACGCCAAGAACUCCAACGGCGUGGAGGUCAAUUUCGUAAAUUAUGGCAAAUCUUUCAACGAAGGUACGGACAAAUUCGCUGGCUAUGGUCAGGGAGCGACGGGCCCAUCAGUUGGGUUCAAGAUCUACGGUGUCAACAACACCUUCAAGGAUUAUGCCAAAGAUGGUGUUUCAUUCGCUAGGUACACCAAUGUCAGUUCAACCUCGAGCUCUGACAAGCUUUCAACAAUGGCGGCCAGUGGCAGUUUGGUAAAAAAAUGGGUUGAGCCGGGCAAAUUCUUCAGGGAAUCUAUGUUGAAGAAAGGGGUCGUGAUGCCAAUGCCCGACAUUAGAGAUAGAAUGCCUAAAAGGUCGUUUUUACCCCGCUCGAUCUUGUCGAAAUUACCGUUUUCCACCUCCAAAAUCUCAGACCUCAAGAGGAUUUUCCACGCUGGCGAUAAUUCCACGAUGGAAAAAAUGAUGCUGGAUGCACUGGAAGAGUGCGAGAGGGCUCCGAGCCGCGGAGAGACGAAACGGUGCGUUGGAUCGAUGGAGGACAUGAUCGACUUUGCAACUUCGGUGCUGGGGCGAAACGUUGUCGUUCGUACAACCGAAAACGUCAACGGAUCAAAGAAGAACAUUUUGAUCGGAAAUGUCAAAGGAAUUAACGGUGGGGAUAUCACGCAGUCGGUUUCAUGUCAUCAGAGUUUGUUCCCUUACCUACUUUAUUACUGCCAUUCGGUUCCCAAAGUCCGGGUUUACCAAGCGGAUCUAUUGGACCCAAAUUCUAAGGCCAAGAUUAAUCAUGGUGUUGCCAUCUGUCACCUGGACACGUCUGCAUGGAGUCCAACUCACGGAUCUUUUCUCGCUUUGGGUUCGGGUCCGGGUCGGAUCGAAGUUUGCCACUGGAUUUUCGAGAAUGAUAUGACCUGGACUAUUGCAGAUUGAGAGAACUAUUUAUUUUUAAUUUAAUUUUUUUUCUUUAAAGAAAAAAAAAAUGUUUUUAGCCCAUUUUCUUGAUCUGGGUUCGAACCGUUGGCUAAGAAAAGUUAGCCGCUGGCUCGACCUCAAGUUAUGCUUUUUUUACAUUUGCAAGGUGCUUAUGAUAUAUAUUGGUAAAUGUUAAGUGUGACUUCCUACAAUAAUUGGAAGGCAAAUUAAUGAACAAUGGUGUAAGCUAUUACUAUUUAAGAUAGAUUACUGUUAUUUA